AUUAUUAUUAUCCAUCCAUCCACAGGGCCUCUACGUCAGCUGCUGAAUUUUAUUCACCGAAUUUUUCACCCCUCCGGUGACCGAAGGAAGGGACCGGGUAGUAGUAGAUUAGGGAGCUUUUUUUCCAAAUCAACAUUAGCAACGAACUAUUUUCCCCGUCAGUCCUGCUGUCCUGUCAUCAUCAAAAACUGAACUCCAGUCGGGCAUAUUUAUUCACAACGUGUAACGAAUACAGCAUUGCUCACAGGCAGACGUGCAUUAUUUUGGAUACGUCAGCAGUCAUAGUCAUAGAAUUUUAAAGGGUUGGUGAACAGCUGCUGCUGAUCAAAUUUUUUGGUCGAUUGCUAUUUGUCCUUCAGGGAACACCAAGUUUGGGAACUUUGUGAAGAAAGCGGUGUUACAAUAGAUAAUAGUUCUGUCAGAAAUCUGGCAGGUUGAUGGACCCAGUGUUUCUUGGAAACAUUGAGAGUUUGAAGAUGGAUUCACCGGACGUGCACAGAAUCAAUUUUGGUCCUGAGUCGACAGGAAGAGCGGAGGGCGAUUUUGGUUCCUUGGAGGGGGACAUAAUUACGCGAAACAAUCAGAAAGUAACUGUUGAGGGGGAGCUUAACACUUUGGAUGAACCUAUAUUCGACACGAUAAAACGAGACCUGACUGCUGUAGGAAAUAAAGUUUAUAAUGCAAUGUUGCCAAUGAAAAAUCCAAAUUACUUGCUAGUUGAAUGGGACCUUUGGGGUGCUCUGUUUUUUGCAACCUACAUAGGACUCAUAUUGCAACAAAUGAACUACUAUAACCCAGACGCGUCCCAAUUUCCGCAAAUUAUUUUAAUUGUGUGCCUUGGAACCGCAGCAGUAACCUAUACACAUGUCGUCAUGUUGAGAACAAAUACAUCGAUUUUUCAGUACAUAUCCGUUCUUGGAUACUGUCUGGCUCCAAUGGCAAUCAAUGUUACGAUUACAUACUUGUUGGAUUUUCUUAUUGGAAGAGUUUAUUGGAUACGAUUCUUGCUCUUUGUGGGUUCUACGGGUUGGUCCGUUUAUACAACAUCGAUGAUCUUGAAACAUGAAGAAGGUCCACUCAACAUUCCAUACCAUCUCGCCCCCAUCGGAUUGUACUAUUUGAUAAUCGCACUCGUCAUCCUGUAUCACACGGGUCCUCCACCAAACUCUGUCGCACCCCCAGCCCCGGUAGUGGUACCGAAUCCAACGACAACCACAUGAAUUAUUCUUCCUACUGCUGCAAGUGCUAUUUCUAGUUUCCGAUGAAUUUUUAAAUUUUUAGUCAUAAUAAUAUAAGAAAAAAACAUGUUUAUUUAUAUCCAUGGCACGUAAUACGUCUUUGGGUCAACCGUACUUGUUCCGUGUAAUAAUAAUUAUUUUUGUUUACCUGUUUUGCAUGGGAAAUAAAUAAGUCGAUCCAAGUAUAUGAUCAACAGUUGAA